AAAGAGUGUGUGCGAGAGUGGUUUAAUUUAUUGAUGGUAUAAGUUUGGCCGAUACAUACAGUCCAAAGUUAGUGAAAGUUUUGCCCGAAGAAUGGUGCAGACGUGUUGAGUUGCACUCAGGUCACUCCCAUAUUCCCCAUUGCACCUAACCGAUUUGCAGCCUCGAUUCGGAUCGGAUUUCCCAUUCAGUGUGGCUGUAAGCCACGAAGCAUCCGUCCAAACUUUACUACGUCUGACGGAUACGCUUUGCUGGUGAAAGAUACGGGGUACCCUUUGGUUCGUGACGAAAAGCGCUGUAAUCAAACACUUUCAUUAACAAUGGUUCCAAAUUGGGUGAUGCGUUUCCGGUUGCUAAUUUCCACUUGCUAAAACGAAAUACUUGCGUAGACCAUCCACAACACCAUGCAGCGGAUACUGGGGGAAAUCGUGUGAAGGAUAAACCGUCACAAUAAUAUCUGGAUAGUUGGAGGAAAACAGACCUACAGCGAAAAAAGGAAAAGUUGCAUCCGGUGAGUUGAUGCAUUCAAUUCGUUCGGUGCCAUCGAGUGCGAGGACACAAGAGAAAAAACGGAGAAAACUAUGCAAACUGCGACCGGCAGCGUAGGAAAAACGAGCAACACAAGUAGCGGCGGAAGCAUUAGCAGUACGACAAAAGGCACGAACGGGACGACGACGGGAACGUUAACCACCGGCAGCAAUACUAGCGGAGCAACUACGGCAACGACAAAAACGAAAGAAAUGUUUAUCCUACGAGCGCUCGAAAAGAUCCUCAGCGAUAAGGACAUCAAACGUUCCCAUCAUCUUCAGCUAAAACGUGCAUGCGAUGUGGCACUUGAGGACAUUAAGGAGGAGUUGAAGCAAGCGGGACACACCGAAACCAAUGGCGAAACACCAGUUCCAUCGGCGGCGCUGCCGCUACCGAAGAACGAUUCGGGCAACAUCAUCAAUGCGGAAAAGUACUUCCUUCCGUUUGAGCUCGCCUGCCAAAGUCGUACACCGCGCAUCGUCGUGACGGCACUGGAUUGUUUGCAGAAGCUGAUCGCUUAUGGUCAUCUGACCGGCAACAUUCCCGACUCGUCGAAUCCGGGCAAAUUCCUGAUCGAUCGAAUUGUUACCACGAUAUGCAAUUGCUUUAUGGGUCCACAGACCGACGAGGGUGUACAGCUGCAGAUCAUCAAGGCAUUGCUGACGGUCGUCACCUCACAACAUGUCGAGGUACAUGAGGGAACGGUACUGCAGGGCGUUCGGACCUGUUACGACAUCUAUCUGUCGAGCAAAAACCUCAUCAACCAAACAACGGCCCGGGCCACCCUUACGCAGAUGCUGAAUGUGAUUUUCACGCGCAUGGAAAAUCAAGCUUUCGAAGCAAUUGCGUCCGCUGGUGCGGCAAAUUCCGUGGCAACGGGGAGUAGUAGCUCGACCUUACAGAGCACUUCACCCAACAAUAGUUCCGUUGCGGGAACGGCGGGAACGGACGAAUCUCCCACGCAGCUUAGCUCGGUAGUGAAUCCGACAGAGGAGAAACAUCCGGAUUACGAUACGGUCCGGGCGAUCGUGGAAGAAAUUGUUGAUAAUGUGAUAGCACAGGCUGCUUCGAACGUUGAAGGCGUUGAGAGCGUACUUUCGGGUAGCGUGAGCGAACCUGCAAUAAACAUCAAUGAAACGAGUGAAACAGCCAGCAUCGGGGGAAUAUCGAUCGGUGGUGGUACUGAUUCGACAUCGAUUGCACGCGUCCCAUCGCAGGAAAGUAUGGAAGUGACGAGCGAGAACGAUAGCAUCGUGACGGCCAAAUUUACCCAUAUCCUGCAGAAAGAUGCCUUCCUGGUGUUUCGUGCACUAUGCAAGCUUUCGAUGAAACCGCUUCCCGAAGGACAUCCGGAUCCAAAGUCCCACGAACUGCGGUCGAAAAUACUUUCCCUGCAUCUGUUGCUAUCGAUCCUGCAGAACGCUGGCCCGGUGUUUCGUUCGAACGAAAUGUUCAUCAUGGCAAUCAAGCAGUACCUGUGUGUGGCUCUCUCGAAGAACGGCGGCAGCGCUGUACCGGAAGUGUUCGAGCUGUCGCUAUCGAUCUUCGUGGCACUGCUGUCCAACUUUAAGAUUCAUCUCAAAAAGCAAAUUGAAGUGUUUUUUAAGGAAAUUUUCCUGAACAUCCUCGAGGCGCCCAGUUCGUCUUUUGAGCACAAAUGGAUGGUCAUUCAGGCGCUGACCCGAAUCUGUGCGGACGCGCAAAGUGUGGUAGAUAUUUACGUUAACUACGACUGUGACUUUUCGGCCGCAAAUUUGUUCGAGCGCUUGGUGAACGAUCUGUCGAAAAUUGGCCAAGGUCGACAGGCGCUGGAGCUGGGUACGUCGGUUAAUCAAGAGAAAUCGAUGCGCAUUCGGGGACUGGAAUGUUUGGUGUCGAUCUUGAAGUGUAUGGUCGAGUGGAGCAAGGAUCUGUACGUGAAUCCAAACUCCCAGACUACACUCGGCGAUCCACCGUCGUCUGGUGGUACGGUAGUCGAACGUAAGAACAGUUCGCUUAACGUGAGUACCGGAUCGCCGGUAGAUGAUCAGGUUCAGGAGAUGUCUAUGAAAUCUCACGGCGGUUCAAGUGUUAGCAUUAAUUCUGUGGGAAGCACCAAUACAUCCGGAGGCAAUCGGGAGGUGCUCGAUCUGCCCGAAGAACUGGAAGAGCGAAAGCAACGCAAAGAAGUCAUGGAAACGGGUAUCGACAUGUUCAAUCGGAAACCGAAAAAGGGUAUCGCUUUUCUUCAGGAGCGUGGCCUGCUCGGAACGACGGUGGAAGAUGUGGCCCGUUGGCUGCACGAGGACGAACGAUUGGACAAAACGCAGAUCGGAGACUAUCUAGGAGAGAACGACGAGCAAAGCAAAACGGUCAUGUGUGCCUACAUUGACGCGAUGAACUUUGCCGAGCUAGACAUUGUGGCCGCGUUGCGCUACUUUCUCGAGGGCUUCCGGUUACCAGGUGAAGCACAGAAAAUUGACCGGUUGAUGGAGAAAUUCGCAUCGCGCUACUGUGACUGCAAUCCGAACAAUACGCUGUUUGCCAGCGCCGAUACGGUGUACGUGCUGGCGUUCUCUGUGAUAAUGCUGACAACGGAUCUGCAUUCGCCACAGGUGAAGCACAAGAUGACCAAGGAACAGUACAUCAAGAUGAACCGAGGUAUCAGCGACAAUAAGGAUUUGCCGGAGGAGUAUCUGUCUCAAAUCUACGACGAAAUUGCGGGCCAUGAAAUCAAAAUGAAGAAUACGGUUGCGAACAAACCGGCCGGCAAGCAAAUCAUUGUGAACGAAAAGAAGCGCAAGCUGCUGUGGAACCUUGAGAUGGAAGCACUCUCGACCACGGCAAAAAAUCUGAUGGAAUCCGUGUCGCACGUGAAAGCCUCGUUUACCUCUGCGAAGCAUCUAGAGCACGUUCGGCCGAUGUUCAAAAUGGCUUGGACAUCUUUCUUGGCAGCGUUCUCCGUUGGACUGCAAGAUUGUGACGAUCCGGAAAUAGCGUCCCUGUGUCUGGAUGGAAUUAGAUGCGCGGUGCGUAUUGCGUGCAUCUUUCACAUGAGCCUGGAGCGUGAUGCUUACGUGCAAGCAUUAGCCCGAUUCACACUCCUUACAGCUAACUCACCGAUCAAUGAGAUGAAGGCCAAAAACAUUGACACCAUCAAAACGCUUAUCAUGGUGGCGCAUACGGACGGGAACUAUCUCGGUUCGAGCUGGUUGGACAUUGUGAAAUGCAUUUCCCAUCUCGAGUUGGCGCAGCUUAUCGGAACCGGCGUGCGACCUGAGUUUCUGUCCGGGCCGGCAUCACACCGCGAUGCACUAGAUCCAUCCGCUAAAGAACAUAUCGGGGAAACGAGCUCGCAAAGCAUUGUCGUGGCGGUAGAUCGUAUCUUUACCGGUUCGAUUCGGCUGGAUGGAGACGCUAUAGUGGAUUUCGUAAAGGCUCUCUGCCAGGUAUCGCUGGAUGAGCUGACGCGUCCGCAGCCGCGAAUGUUUUCGCUGCAAAAGAUUGUCGAGAUUUCGUACUACAACAUGGGACGUAUUAGGUUACAAUGGUCCCGUAUCUGGCAAAUCUUGGGUGAACAUUUCAAUGCGGUCGGCUGUAAUACGAACGAAGAGAUUGCCUUCUUUGCGCUCGACUCACUGCGCCAGCUGUCGAUGAAGUUUAUCGAAAAGGGUGAGUUCACAAACUUCCGGUUCCAGAAGGACUUCCUGCGACCGUUCGAACACAUCAUGAAGAAAAACAAUUCGCCCGCGAUCCGCGACAUGGUGGUGCGGUGCGUGGCGCAGAUGGUGAACUCGCAGGCGCACAACAUCAAAUCAGGCUGGAAGAACAUCUUUUCGGUGUUCCAUCUGGCGGCGGGCGAUCACGAUGAAGCGAUCGUGGAGCUGGCGUUCCUAACAACCGGCAAGAUCAUUACCGACCUGUACCAGACCCAGUUCCACAUCAUGAUAGAUUCGUUCCAGGAUGCAGUUAAGUGCCUGUCGGAGUUUGCGUGCAAUGCUCGUUUCCCGGACACGAGCAUGGAAGCGAUUCGGCUCGUGCGGACGUGUGCGAUUUGUGUGAACGACUCGCCAAACCUGUUUGCCGAGCAUGCGGGCAUGGAAAACGAUGUGUCCGUGUCGGAAGAGGAUCGGGUGUGGGUACGUGGCUGGUUCCCGAUGCUGUUCUCACUCUCCUGCGUUGUGAAUCGUUGUAAGCUGGACGUCCGGACGCGUGGGCUAACCGUGCUGUUUGAGAUCGUCAAAACGCAUGGAGACGCAUUCCGGGCGAACUGGUGGCGUGAUCUGUUCAAUGUGCUGUUCCGUAUCUUCGACAACAUGAAGCUACCCGAACACCAAACGGAAAAGGCGGAAUGGAUGACAACAACGUGCAAUCACGCACUGUACGCAAUCAUCGACGUGUUUACACAGUAUUUCGAUAUGCUUGGUCCGAUGCUGCUGGCAGAUCUGUACUGUCAGCUGCACUGGUGCGUGCAGCAAAACAAUGAACAGUUGGCCCGAUCCGGAACGAAUUGUCUCGAGAAUUUGGUCAUCUCAAACGGGCUCAAAUUCAGCGAAGACACCUGGAGCAAAACCUGCCAGUGUAUGCUGGACAUCUUCAACAGUACGCUACCGAAUGAGCUUCUUACCUGGAAACCGGACCCAUUACCACAAUCGAUCGUUGGCACUGGUACACCUGCGAACGUUCCCCGUGUGCACGAGAACGGAGAUUUACCGAGACACGGCAUUCUAAAACGCUCGGGAUCUCAACAUUCAAUGCACGGUUUGCAAGAUCCUAACGCCGGCGAGCAAAGCAGUGUUACACAACUGGCGUCGAGCAGUGGCAACAGUGUCGCGAAUACGUCGGUACUCUUCUCCAACCUGCUUAUCAAAUGUGUCGUUCAACUCGAACUAAUACAGACGAUCGACAAUAUAGUGUUCUUUCCGGCCACCUCACGAAAGGAGGACGCAGAAACGCUCGCCCAGGCCACAGCCGAGCUUAGCGCGAUUAACCAGCAUGCAGCGUCCUAUCCGUCGUCCCUUUCCGGCGAGGAGUGCCAGCGGGAAGAGCAGGGCAUGUACAGCUAUCUGAACACACCCCAUCUUCUGCAGCUGGUCGACUGUUUGCUGCAGAGUCACCGGUUUGCGAAGCAAUUCAAUUCCAACAACGAUCAGCGGACGGUGUUGUGGAAGGCAGGAUUCAAGGGUUCGCUGAAGCCAAAUCUGCUGAAGCAGGAAACCCAAUCUCUUGCUUGCGUGCUGCGAAUACUGUUCAAGAUGUACAGCGAUGAGAACCGGCGGCGUGAUUGGCAGGAUAUAGAGAAGCGACUGAUCGGUGUAUGUACGGAAGCGCUGGACUAUUUCCUCUCCCUUCCAAGUGAACCGCAUCGGGAUGCGUGGACAUCAUUGCUGUUGCUCGUAAUGACACGGUUGCUGAAAAUGUCGGAUGCCAGGUUCGCGGCACACAUUGCCAGUUAUUAUGUGUUCCUGUGUGAUCUAACGUGCGUGGAUCUAAAGCCGGAACUGCGAACAGUAUUGCGACGUGUUUUCCUGCGCAUCAGCCCAGUGUUUGGAAUCUCGAGUGCCACUGCUGGAGCGUCCAAUGCAAAUGCGUCCAAUACGGUUCCUAUGGCAGCUACCUAG